AUGUCCGCUCCGAGCCAAGGGCGGGUCAAAACCUGUGAAGGAUGCGUUCGCUCUAAAAUUAGAUGUUCUCGCGCCUCUUCCGCACAGAAGUGCGAUCGGUGCAUCCGCUUAGGCUUGGACUGUUAUUAUCGUCUGUCAAAGGCUCGAGACCCCAAAAAGAGAGCAGCGCGUAUAGAGGAGCUCGAAGACAAGGUUGAUAGGAUUCUGGGUCAAUUAACCAACAACCCACAAUCGGGUCCAUCAACUUCAUCGUCAUCCCAAACCAGUCAAAUCAGCGAACCCAGCACCCGAAACCCCUGUGAUGUGAUCGGCGAUGGACUGGUCACACAGGAGGAUGCGUCCCGUCUCCUGGAGAGCUAUCGCGAGAUGAUCCCCUGUUUUCCAUAUGUGCAGCUCCCGAAGGAUUCGACUAUUGAGAGUCUCAGAUCAGAGAAACCUUUCCUGCUGCUAUCCAUCUUGUUUGUCUCCUCGUUUCAGAACGUCCCACUUCAUCUCGCACUCGAGAAAAUUUCAACCGCAUAUCUUGGGGGCCAAGUCUUACAGGGAAAUGGUGUUCACCCAUUGGACACCCUACAGGGCUUGCUUGUUACUAUAGGCGGGUAUGUGCAUGAAAAAGUCUGUGCUAUCUAUAUCCACAAUCGUUGA